AUGCUAAAUAAUCAACGGAUUCGCCAUGAAUCACGUAAAUCGAAAUCAAAAACAUUGCCAAAAGAAAAAUCUACUGUACUCAAUAAUAAAGCGAAUGACAUGCUUGGAAAUGUAUCGAAGCCUGCUAGCUUAGCUGUAUCGUCAAAACAAGGAUCACCUCCAAAAACGACUACUGAAUCUACACAUGAUUGGUCAAAUGAUAAUAUUGGCGACGAUGAUAGUCGAGGUAAUGUCAAUGCACCUCCUGUGGUUCGACGACUUACUCGUCGAGCAGUAGAAGAAAUCAUUGCUACAGAUAUCCCGACCAUACUAAUGGAUGAUGCUGAUGGUGAAAGUACAAUUGAUAUGAAACCAGAAGUAGCUGUUGCUCCGCAAUUUUCUACUAGUCAAGUAGCUUCAUUCAAAGAAAUAGAAAAAGAUUUUGUUCGUCAACGUGUCAGUCAACAUAUUGGUGCUAAAAUUGAUAUUGGCAUUUUAUAUACUGAACUUAAUUUACAAGAAGAAUUCGACGAUGAGGAACUUAAACCAUGGAAUUGGGACAAAAUUUUUGUUGAAAUUCGAAAUGCAAUAACAAAUCCAACUAUUCAAUGA